GCCGCGUGUCGCGGCUACACGGAACCUGUCUCCCGCGCUGGCUGCAUGUACGUUGCUGUAGGCAGCAGAAGAACGCGGCUCGAAGGACCAUCGAAUCGCAGCUGGUUCAUAGUUUAUAGCGCGCUAAUCAGUCGAUUCGGUACCAUCAACGAGCGAGUUCCGCGACCAUCGUACCGCUUCCCGUUCAGGAACGUCGCCGUUAUCAUCUGAUAACAGUUCAUGUGUGAUAUGUGCAAAUUGAGUGGAUAAUUUUGUGCGAAGAUGUUUAAGAAACAUAGACAGAAGCAGAAUGGAGAGACGGCUGUGGAUAAUCACAACUAUGCACCAUCAGUUCCUCCACCAGUAUCUCCAAUAACGAAAAACUCCCUUCAGUUCCACUGCCAACUAGCCCAUGGAAGCCCGACAGUAUUCGUAUCGAACUUUUCUAGCGUCAGAGAACUUUAUCAAAAGAUUGCAGAAUCGUUCGACAUGUCACCUUCAGAGAUUUUGUUUUGCACCCUGAAUACGUACAAAACGGAUAUGAAGAAACUUUUAGGAGGUCAAAUAGGAUUAGAAGAUUUUAUAUUUGCACAUAAGAAAGGUAGACCUAAGGAAGUAGAGUUAGUAAAAUCGGAAGACGCAUUAGGACUGACGAUCACUGACAACGGUGCUGGCUAUGCAUUCAUAAAGAGGAUUAAAGAAGGAUCGGUCAUACACAGCAUUCCGCACAUAGAGGUAGGUGACCAUAUAGAAAAAUUAAAUGGCGAGAAUAUGGUGGGGAAGCGACACUUCGAAGUAGCCAAAGCCCUGAAGGACAUUCCAAGAGGGGCUACUUUUACCAUACGGUUAAUAGAGCCCAUGAAGAGUGGUUUCACCAUCAUCCAACCCAAAAACAAUAGAGGAACAGGAAAGAAGGCCUAUGGGAGUGGCAAAGAGACGCUUAGGUUUAAAGCAGGUGGACAAGUUGAAAUUGAACAACAGGAUGACGCCCUGGAAGUAGGCAUAGAAAAAAUCAACAACAUCCUGGAAUCCUUCAUGGGCAUCAACGAUUCCGAUCUGGCCACUCGUAUCUGGGAACUGUCGGUGGGAAAAAAGAACUCCAUGGACUUUGCUGAGGCUGUGGAUGAUUCUGACUUAGCUUGUUUUGAGUUCACUGAUGAACUUAUCAUCGAGAUUUGGGGCGCUAUCACGGAUGCAAGAGAUGGGCGACUGAAAUAAAAUACACAACAAUCCGAGAGUGCCAGAAGUAUUUCAUUGUUAUAUGUACGAGGUGUCUUAGAAUUAUGCACACAAAAUAUAAGGUGAUAGAGACAGCAAAGUUUAGUAACAAUGGACAUGUUCACAAAAUUCAUUUUUUGUGAAAAGACCUCAUCAUCUGGAGGAAUAUGUUAAUCAUUGAUGUAUGUUUUGUUCAUCUCUUAUGAGAGUAGUAAAUUUCUACACAUAGAGCUAGAACUUUCUCAGUUUUUAAGACAAUACAUGCGAAAUCAGGUUAUAUUUAUGUGGAACGUGUCUCAAUUUUCGACCAACUCCAUCGUAUUUCGAGUGCAGAGUUUUAUGAUACCUGUAUGUAUGUGUAAGUGCUAAGACACUUUGCAAUAUUAAUCAUUCGAACAAAACGUCUGUUUAUAUUUUAAGCAAAAAAUGUUAUAUUUAUAUUUGUCAUAUUAAAGACGAUUUGCAAUUUUCUCCUUUUAUUUGAAGUUGGAGUAAAUAUAUCGGUAUAAAACCUGGCAGGUUAUCAUUAUGGACCAACCAAUUCAGACUAGGUAGAAAAAGCAAGCCUACGGUUUGUUUGUCGCCAAAAUCUCGGUCUGUAGUCAAGAUGAAAGUGCAUACUACAAAAGGACUUGAGACAAGUUAAUGUUUUUAUAGUUCUGUCAUUAAAUUCGUAUUUUUAGUGUUACUUUUUAAGAACACGAGUGUUUGCUAAUAACUGUGGUAUUAGACAGGACAUUGUUCUUCUUGCAUACAUUGCACAGAGCAGUACAAGUCUAAUGAAGCUAGAUCUUGCAAUGUUGUCACUUCAGUAGACAAAACUAUGGAAUUUUGGGGACAAAAAAUACACUGUAAGCAUAUGGGUUUGGAUCCUUCUAAUCUAUUCGAAUUCGCUGUUUUGAACAUAUAUUCAUCAUUUUCGUUUGAUGAUCUUCAAGUUCUUAAUGCUUUUUGAUGUUAGCCUUGUGAUUGAUGUAUGUAUGUACGUAAAAAAUUAGAAUU